AUGCUAACAGACGGCUUCGUUGUUAAGGACUCCUCUGAUGAAAAAUAUUAUGUUAUUAAGAACAACGGCUUAAUUGUAGAUCAGAGUAAGCAGGAUUAUAAGACAAUUACCGAUCAAAUACGCAAGAUUCCUUUUACAGUGCAAGACCCUACAAGUAGCUUAGUGACCUUGCUAAAGUCGCCGUUCAAGGAUCGACUAGAGACAUAUUAUUUCCCAUAUCCAGAUUUUUGAAUUGAGGAAAAGAGUGAAGGAAAGAGGGUCAUCAGAGUGGAACAAGACGAAUUUGAAUCUUGCAGAGCAUAUUUCCGCUACGACACUGACAUUCAUAUCUACAAUUCAGUUAUACGUGCUUGUAAUGAAGCAGGUAUGUUCCUGAAGGACAAAAAGUUGUUGAUCAAGUAUCGGUAUAAACAACUUCAAGAGAAAAAGGAGAUGAAUUCCGACAUAAAGGACACCAGCGAUGUUGACAAAAUAGCGAAACAAUAUUUGGACUCAACUGAUAAAUUUCUCACAGAUGAUUAUCCAAAUGACUUUAAUAUUAGGUUCAUGAUGAGUUGUAAGAAGGAGGAUCUCCAGCAUGUGAGGAAGUUCCAGAAGCUGAACCAUUUCCCCUACUCCUAUUAUCUGGGUAGAAAGGACCAACUGUAUCGCAACUACCAGGUGCAGGAGGACCUUUUUCCAGGAGAUUAUAAUUAUAUGCCAAAAACUUAUAUAUUCCCAAAGGAUGCUGAGAAGUUCCGUGCUGCCAAAGAUAAUGCACUAGAACAAUCCCAGAAAAAAAAGUAUUGGAUCUUCAAGCCUACUGCAUCUAGCUGUGGGAGGGGCAUAAAGGUGAUUUCUCCAUCAGCUAAGAUUCCUCUAGAUAACAAAGGAUUCUUGAUAUCUGAGUACCUGGCAGACCCACAUCUCAUCAAAGGGCUUAAAUAUGAUCUGAGGCUCUAUGUUGUGGUAACAAGUUACGAUCCACUGAUCGUGUAUAUCUAUAAUGACGGUCUGGUCAGGUUCUGUACUAAGAAAUACAAACUUAGCCCCAAGACGAUUGAUGAUAAGUACAUGCACCUGUCGAACUACAGCCUUCAGAAGAAAUCAGAGGACUAUAAAAAGAACGAUGAUGCUUCUGAGGAUUCCUCAAAAUGGAACUUUACCAUGUGGGAGGAUGCCAUCCGGGAUCAAGGCCAUGAUGUUAAGAUCGCUCUGCUGAAGAUCGAAGAUUUGGUGAUCAAGACUCUGAUCACCUGCCAAGAUAUCAUAGCCAAUGCUUAUGACAGCAUGACUGGUGUAACAGGUAUCUGCUAUGAGCUUUAUGGGUUUGAUAUAAUGUUUGACUCCGCAAUGAAUCCAUGGCUCCUGGAGGUCAACACCAACCCAUCCCUGAGUUCGAAUUCGACUUUGGACAAGAUGCUCAAGACGAAGUUGGUGUGAGACAUGCUCACCUUGGUAGGGGUCAAGCCCAUAAGUUUCCCUGAAUUGAGGAUGAAAGAGCAAUACGAAGGCAACCCACCCUUGAAACGGAACGAGUACGAAGGCUGUACAACUCAUGAAGAGAGAAACCAAAAGAGGGCUGAGCUCAUGAACAGCAUCAAUUUUGCCAACCUCAAGGGCAACGAAGUUGACGUUAUCCUAAACUUUGAGGAAGAGUUUAAGAGGAUGGGUAACUUCCGAAGGGUUUUCCCGAAUAAGAAUAACUUCAGGGAUUACACUAAGUACUUCUUCAAGCACAGUUUCUGUAAUUUGCUGUUGUGGAAGUACCUGAAGACUACCAAGUUUGACUUGGCGAAAUACAAGAUUAAGAAGUAUGAUUAUCAUAUAUAG